CCCAACACGAGCGGCUGUACCUGGGCGGGCGCCUAGGCGGGCUAGGCGGGCGCCCAGGCGGGUGCCUAGCGCCCAGUUCUGGGCUGGCGCCCAACACAGUUUAUGAAUUUUUUUCUUUGAACUUCGCCCAAAAGGGCAAAGGGAGUCAUUUUAACCCCCAAGUUUGUAUAAAAUAAGUUUAGGGGUUAUUUUUCAACCCCAAACUGAAAAAAGAACAAGAAACCCUCAAUCUUAAACUUAUUUAUGAGAAUCUAAAGCAAUUGCUGAGAAUUGAAAGUACUUCUUGUGGAUUGAAAAAGUUUGUUUUCUGAUUGAAAUUAUUUUUGGGGUGCUAUUGGUGGUAUUAGAAGACUUUUAAAUUGAUUCGUAGCUCGACUGAGAUAGCCAACUUUGAAGAUCAGAGAUUGGGUAGAAAAAGUCAGUCUGUAAUCUUUAUUUGAGAUUUAUUUUUCAAUUUGAGAUGUCUUUUGUGGGCUCUACUAGGGGUGGAGAUCCUGGAUGGAAAUAUUGUGUUAACCCAGAUAAGAAUGACAAAAAUAAAAUUAUGUGCAAUUUCUGUGGACAUGUUUCUAAUGUCGGCAUAAAUAGAUUUAAGAAACAUCUUGCCGGUAUUAGAGUUGAUGUCACCCCAUGUAAGAAACUGAAGAAGAGGAUGAUGAAGAGGGGUAAGAAGAGAUAGCUAUGGUUGGUACUCAGAGCUCUAAGACCAAGGGGGCUUUUGAGUCUAAGAAGGCUCGUACGAGAGGGCUUAUAGAUAGUUUCUUUACAUCUAGCCCUGAGACAGUAAUUGAGAAAGGCAAGGGAAAGGGGAAAAAACAGGUGACAAUUGACAAUAGGUUUAAAAAGGAAGAUAGAGCCAGGGUGAUUCAGUAUAUUGCUCGGUGGUUUACCAUGCGGGCAUUUCUUUUAACACUGCUAGUUUGAAUAUCUUCCAUACAAUGUUGGAAGCAAUUGGGCAAUUUGGGCCAGGUUUGAAAGCUCCAACUCCUUAUGAGAUUGGAGAUCCACUACUGAAGAAAGAAGUCGAGUACACUAAUGAAUAUCUCAAGACUCGUAAGGAGGGAUGGGCUAAAUUUGGGGUUUCUUAUGACAGAUAUGUGGAGUGAUAAGAGGAGUAACAUGAAUUUAUUAGUAAAUUGUCCUGUGGGUACAGUUUUUUUACGCUUAAUCGAUGCUUCCAAUGAUGUUCAUGAUGCACAUUAUAUAUUUUCUUUCAUUGAUAAGGGUAUUGAGGAGGUUGGGGAGGAACAUGUAAUUCAAGUGGUCACAGAUAAUGCUGCUCCCAAUCUAGCUGCAGGACAAAAGAGGCCUCGCAUAUUUUGGUUUCCUUGUGCUGCACAUUGCGUAGAUCUUAUGCUUCAGGCAAUUGGUGAAUUGCCUCCUAUUAAAGGAAUUAUUUUUAAGGUUAAGGAGGUUACAAUUUUCAUAUACAGUCCCAUAUUUACCUUUAGCGUGAUGCUCAAGUUUACAAAAAAGAGAGAGCUAGUGAGGCCUAGGGUCACUGGAUUUUCCACUGCCUACUUUAGUUUACAAAGCAUGUAUAAGAGGAGGAUCGCUUUAAGGUUUAUGUUUGCUUCAGAGGAGUGGAGUAGGUGUAAGUGGUCUAGAGAUGCCAAGGGAAAGAAGACACGAGAUAUUAUUCUUUCGAAAUAUUUUUGGCGUGGGGUGAAGCAUGCAAUAUUAGUAUUUCUUCCCUUGGUGAAGGUCUGGCGCUUGGUUGAUGCUGAUAAGCCCUCCAUGGGCUUUAUAUAUGAUGUAAUGGAAAGGGCUAAGAAUGAGAUUGCAGAGAAUUUGGGGGAUGAUGCAGCGAAGUAUGCCCCAAUUUGGGAGAUUAUAGAUGAUAAAUGGAAUAGGCAGCUCCAUAGACCAUUGCAUGCAGCGGGUUACUACUUGAACCCCAAAUUCUUUUAUGCAGAUGCAGAUAUUGAGUCAAAAGGGGUAAUUAUGGAUGGUUUUAAUGAGUGCCUUGAGAAAUUAGUUCCUGAUCCAAAUGUCCAAGAUAAGAUAUCAAUUGAAGAGCUAAUUUCUUACAAGUGUUCUUUGAUGUCAUUUGGGAAAGAUAUGGCAUUAAGGCAGAGAAACAAAGACGAACCAGCCCAAUGGUGGAGACAACAUGGGAGUAGCGCUUCAAACCUCCAGAAGAUGGCUAUGCGGAUCUUGAGUUUGACAACUACCUCUUCUGGUUGUGCAUACAAAGAGAAGAAAUAGGCUUGAGCAAAGGAAG